AUAAAGAUAUUGUUUUGAUACUUAUUAAAAAAGAUAUGAUGAAUAUUGAAGAAAUUGAUAUUUGGAGAUAUUUGGUGAAAUGGGGAACAGCACAAUCUAUUCUUUUUAAAGAAAAAUCUGCAGAAACAAAUGUCACUAAUUGGAGUGAGAGUGAUUUUGCGUCAUUCAAGAAAUGUCUGGAACCUUUCAUCCCACAUAUUCGAUUUCAUGAAAUAACUCGAGAAGAUUUUUAUUACCAUGUUAGACCUUAUAAAAAAGCAAUACCAGAAAAUAUUUAUGAAGAUUUAAUGGCAUAUUUGAUGGCAAAUAUAAGUUGUAAAAUUUCAACAAAACUGCCUUCACGUAAAUCUGUUAGUAUUGAUUCUGUUAUAAUCGAACAAGAUAAAGCUGAAAUAAUUACCAAUUGGAUCGAAAGAAGAAACACCUUUUCUAGGCAACCUUUUUACCAAUUUAUACUUACUUAUCGUGCAACACGCGAUGGGUUUGAUUAUAAUAAAUUUAUCGAUAAUAAUGUUGAUAAUUGUAACCAAGCAAUUCUUGGAUUAAUUAAGGUUUCGGGUUCAACAAAAAUAAUUGGUGGAUAUAAUCCUUUGGGUUUGAGAAACUGUUCUAAUAAUACUCAUAUACUUAGCCGUGUGAAAAACCCUUCACGAGCAAUUUUUAAUCGUGAAGGAACUUGGAUGAAUUUUGGAAAUGCUGAUUUAAUAUUAAAUGGAAAGAACGGUUCCUGCAUGCUAAAUAAUUAUGAAAAGAAGAUUUGGAAUAAUUAUGAAAAGAAUAACAAUCGGAAUUCUGAUCGGUUUGCCGUUGAUGAGUUCGAGACUUUUAUC